GCAACCUGACAACUCUUAGCCCUUCCUCUACCUUCCCCUUCUAGUUAAUGUGUGUGGAUGGGAUGGUAUCCUCUGCAAUAGCCCUUAUGCCAUUUCUCAUUCAGAAAGAAAACCUACCCCUUAAAAGCUUUUAAACGUCCCAGAAUGCCAGGGAUGUCCCCUUCCUUAACCCUAAUCUGGACAACAAGGUGGUUCAGUGGAUAGAGUGUUGGACUGGGAGUCAAAAGACGAUUGCCCUCAAGAAAAUGAUCUCAGUCAAAGAGAGCAUGAAGAUGAGGGGCAAGCACUUGGAGAACUUGAACAUGGCAGAGAACUCUUGGCAUGGUGUAGUAUCCCCUAUCAUUCUCACCAAUUAUGAGGAUACCCAGUAUUAUGGUGAGAUCAAUAUUGGCAGCCCACCCCAAACCUUCAAAGUCGUUUUUGACACUGGAUCUUCUGACUUUUGGGUGCCCUCUAGCCAAUGUGACCCACUCUAUACAGCCUGUGAGUUUCACAAUCAAUAUGAUGCCUCAAAAUCCUCUACUUACAAAAUGAAUGGAUCAAACUUCAUCAUCCACUAUGCAUCUGGUCGGGUCAAGGGCUUCCUGAGUCAAGAUAUACUGACUAUUGGUGAAAUCAAGGUGACUCAGGUAUUUGGUGAGGUCACAGCACUGCCCCUGAUACCCUUUGGACUGGCCUGGUUCGAUGGAAUCCUUGGCCUGGGAUACCCUAAGAGGUCAAUGAGUGGAAUCACGCCUGUCUUUGACAACAUAAUGGCAGAAGGGGUGCUGAAGGAAGAUGUCUUCUCUAUCUAUUACAGCAGGAGUUCGGGGAAGAAUGGUGGAGAGCUGAUACUUGGAGGCAGUGACCCCAACUAUUACCAAGGGACCUUUCACUACAUCAACACCAGCCGGCCACACUUCUGGCAGAUCCAGAUGCAAGGGGUGGCUGUCAAGUCUUAUGUGCUGUCCUGUGAGGAUGGUUGCCCUGCAGUUGUGGACACAGGAACAUCCUUCAUCACAGGCCCAACCGAUUCCAUAAGAGGACUGAUGACGGCAAUUGGAGCUGAGGAAGAUGGGGGAGAGUAUCUUGUAAAAUGUGACCUGGCAUCCACGCUCCCAGAUAUCUCAUUCAACUUUGAUGGCAAAGAUUUCACACUCCAAGGUUCUGACUAUGUCUUAGAGGAUGAAAACCAGAGUGAUCAGAUGUGCCUUGUGGCCAUCAAUGGUCUGGAUGUCUCACCACCAACAGGACCUCUUUGGGUCCUUGGAGCAACUUUCAUCCGAAAGUUUUAUGUUGAAUUUGACCGGCACAACAAUCGCAUUGGUUUUGCCUUGGCAGCCUGACCUGUCUCUGACCACAUCCCUGUUUGAGCCUACUUUUUCUCCCUGUUGUGCUUCAGUCCUUGGGACAGAGUCAAGUCCCUCGAUCAAGUUCUUGAAUCCUGCAGACCAUUGUUAAUAUUCUGCUUUAAUUGAGAAUAGAAUAAAGUUUCACUGCUCAAA